AUGGCGGAACGUAAAAUGUCCGAGGCUGGUCCCUCGAAACUUGCUAUUCCCCCUCCAUCAUUCCCAACACACAAUUCUCCUCGAGUGUGGUUCUUGACUUCCUCGCUGUCACCAUUGGCGGUACGCCUAAUCAGAUUACUCCUCGCUCACGGCGAUUAUGUUGCAGCUGGACUUCCACCAGCUGAGAUCGAGGAUGACGAACGGAGCGCAGAAUUCCGAGAGUUGAUAAAUGAAUGCAAAAGCGGAAAGAGAGAAAAAGAGGGAUGGAAAGACAGAAUAAGAGGAAUUCGAUGUGACGGUAGAAUCAUGGGACAAUGCGGGGCAGCAGUUGCAGAAGCCGUCGAAGUAUUUGGGAGAAUUGAUAUACUGUUAUGUUGUACAUCUGAAGCGGUUGUGGGGACUGUCGAAGAGCUCUCAACUACUGCCGCAACACAAAACCUCGUCCGGGAUCAGUUUGAAACAUUGUUUUUCGGACAAGUGAAUUUCAUCAAAGUGACACUACCACUACUUCGGGAACGACACAAUGGCCAUCUUAUGAUUCUGACCGGAAUAGGAGGCCAUAUUGGAACGCCUGGCAUGCCUAUGUUCUCCGCUGCGACAUGGGCAUUGGAAGGUUAUUGCGAUUCCCUCGCCUACGAAAUAGCGCCAUUCAAUAUCAAACUCACAAUUGUGCAACCCAACAAGGAGAUAUCAGUACUCACAAAUAAGAUAAUAUUUGCUCCCCAACUGCCUCAGUACGAAAGCCACAACAACCCAGCUCCUGGACUACGAGAUAUUCUCACAAAUGUUGUAAACAUGAACCCUGAAACACGGCUCGAAUCUCAGCCAAAUUCACCCGUGGAGGGCCAAGGCAACUCUGGUUAUGGUAAAAUAGAAUCUCGAUUUCCGCGUCUUCCGAGCGAAGCUAGGGAUCGACUUGUUAUGGAGACAGUCCACGCACUGACUGCAAUCGGUGGCCAUGAAAAUCCUCCAGCACGGCAUAUUGUUGGGUUCGAGGGGGUUGCCAGUGUCAAAGAGAAACUAAAAACUGUCAGCGAGGAGCUCGAAGACUUUGUCGAAGUCAGCUGUGCCGUGGAUAUCUUUGCUAGUGAUGUUGGCAGAGCAGCAUUGAGUGGAGGCAGUAAAAUUGAUGCACCGAAUGUUGUCCCGGGAAGAAGUGAUUCUGCUGGAUGA